UUACGUAAACGUACAGUAGAGCAGUAAGCAGUAUGGCGAGUGAAGGCACACAUUAGAUCAGUGACCGAUUUGGCGUUUAAAUAUUGCCCACAGUAGAGCAGUAAACAUCAUGGCCUGUAAAGAUUGCUCUGUCCACCAUGAGCCCACGACCGACGCGGCGCCGUACAUUCGUAUGUGUUCGGAUCUGCUACAGGAAAUCAGCAAACUACAGAAGGAGAACAAGGACUUGCGAUGGAGCGUGUCUUGUCAUCGAGAAAACACAGAUGAUACCGACUGGCAAGCGGAUUGUUCUGAGAAAAGACACGCAACGGCAGACGAUCUGGGUAAAGGCAGAGUGGCGGAAUCAUCACACGCAGGCUACUCUGACACAGCAGGGCCGACAGGGCGCUAUUCGCCCGCGCCGACAGGGCGCUAUUCGCCCUGCGAGGAAUGUCAACGGAUUGAGACUGCAAAAGUCGAAUUUGACCAACAAAGUUGUUCAUCUCAAAACACGCCACUCUGGCGGAAGUCAGCGGCAAUACUGGAAUGUAAUGAGUGGAAAAACGAAUGGAAAAACGAGUGGAAAAACGAUUGGAAAAGCAACCGGAAGAACAAGGUGCAAGCGUCGUUUAAUACAAUUCGUUCUAUUCCGGAAGAUACCGAACCUGACACCGACACGAAAUUGUCACAAACAAACCGCUCGGUGUUUCCUAUGUAUGGGGAGGCAUCUGCAUCAGGCGGAUAUGACGAGCAAAAGAACAAUCACAGGAGUUUGGAGGCCGAUUCGUCAUCACUGGAGUCUCGAUCACCGAAAGUUUAUCUCAAGUCUGGGGUCCUCCAUCGUAAUAUGACAUCACCGGAGGACGACGUGAAAAAAGAAAAUGUAGGGUUUUUUCCCAUAGAACAGUAUCAAGAGGGCGUCAAUAGUGACGAAGGUUUCCGAAAAUCGUCUCGUUCACACUCGGCAGACCGAGAUAACAGAUAUACGAACAUUAGCGAAGGUGCGUGGAGGUAUCCUCGUUCCCACUCGGCAGACUCCCGAGUCACUCGCCAUCUGUCGAGGUCGGUGACGUAUGCAGAUGACCCCAUUCCAGAUAGCAGAUUCCUUGCGAAUUCGAGUCAUGAAAAGGCGAGAACUGUUCCAAUCUCGGCUCCCGUGACGUAUGCAGAUGACCUCAUUCCAGAUGGUAGAUGCCUUGCGAAUUCGAGUUAUCAAAAGGCGAGAACUGUUCCAACCUCGGCUCCCGUGACGUAUGCAGAUGAACCCAUUCCAGAUGGCAGAUUCCUUGCGAAUUCGAGUUAUCAAAAGUCGAGAACUGUUCCAACCUCGGCGUCCGUGACCUAUGCAGAUGACCCCAUUCCAGAUGGAAGAUUCCUUGCGAAUUCGAGUUAUCAAAAGUCGAGAACUGUUGCAACCUCGGCGUCCGUGACCUAUGCAGAUGACCCCAUUCCAAAUGGCAGAUUCCUUGCGAAUUCGAGUCAUCAAAAGGCGAGAACUGUUCCAACCUCGGCGUCCGUGACCUAUGCAGAUGAUCCCUUCCCAGAUGGCAGAAUCCUUUCGAAUUCGAGUCAUCAAAUGUCGAGAAGUGUUCCAAUCUCGACUACCUCGGCGUCCCCCCGUCAAGAUUUAAUUCAGCCAAUAUAUUCUAUAGAUUCCGAAAGGGUGUGUCGUUCUUUCUCGACUAAUCAAGAUGGCAGUCACCCUUCUGGAUUUCAUCGCGGAACACUUCCAUCACCGUCUCCGAAACGAAUGGUGUUCCAGUCUAACAUCACGACGGUGAGCGCCACAGAUCUAGAGGGAAGGGAAUCUCCAAUCAUGUCUAGAACCCUCUCCCUCAAACAGUCAGAAGGACGUCCUCUGUACGGAGAGUCAAGCUCGUUCACUCCAGGACCUGCCGUCGUCUCGUCCAAUUCCAUGGAGAAUACGGAGUUAACGUGGUCCUCGGCAGACGGCACCAACGUCUGCCGCAAGAGCUGGUCCACCACCGUGCACAGCACGAACGAGAUCCCCAAGACCGGCGAGGUGGACGAUGUCAUCCAGUCGUACCGCUGCAUCGGCGAGAUCGCCUUCCAACUGGAGCGCCGCAUCCUCGACUACGUCUUCAGGAGGAACGACCGACAUCGAUCCGGACUCUGCCACCGCAGGCGUUUCUAUGGUUACACCGUCAGCAACAUCCCGUCGAUGAUCUCGAAGGAGGCCGAGGACGCCCAAGGACGGUUCAGCCCGAAACGCGACGCGGAGAUCCGAAACCGCCUGGCUCGCAUCAUGGUCCACCUGGCUAGGCUAGGGUAUGACAUGCAGAAGCAUGGCCUGGUGGCGCAGAAGGUCAUCAACAAGUAUGGGCUUUUGAGUCGAAUCCCCGCCAAGAGCGCGGCGGACGCCUGUUGGAUAAACGACGAGUACAGUCUGCGCCGGCUGGUCACAAAACUCGUCGUUGAUGAGAGGGAGAGAUCGGAUGUUCGGAUUUUACUCCAGUGUCUGCUGCUGCUAGCGCGGGAAGAUGGAAAACCCAUAUUUCUGUGGUGAUAACUAAGGGAGAUGAGGAACGUUUGAUAAUACGUAAUAAUAACUAAGGGGAAUAAUCCAUCACCGUACUUAGGGUAAUCAAACGAACGGAAAGAUAUUUCUUUGGUGAUAACUAAGGGAGAUAACGAACUUUAUAUAUUACGUAAUAAUAACUAAGGGGAAUAAUCCAUCACCGUACUUAGGGUAAUCAAACGAACGGAAAGAUAGUAAGCCGAUAUUUAUUUGGUAAUAACUAAGGGAGACAACACUUAAAAAUAACCAAUGGGAAUAACUGUACUUGGGGUAAUGGCAAGAACGGAAAGAUAGCAAGCGGAUAUUUCUUUGGUGAUAACUAAGGGAGAUCACGAGCUUUUGAUAAUACGUUAUAAUAACCAAUGGGAAUAACUGUACUUACGGUAAUCAAAUGAACAAAAGGAUAGCAAACCCAUAUUUUUGGGUGAUAAUCAGGCCUAUUAAGGGAGAUAACGAACUUUUGAUAAUAGUUAAUAAUAACUAAGGGGAAUAACCCGUAACCGUACUUAUUGGUAAUUAACUGAUAAAGCAUAGAAAGAUAGAAAGCCGAUAUUUCUUUGGUGAUAACACAAGGAAAAAACGAACUUGUGAUAAUAUGUAAUAAUAACCCAUAGACAUACUUAGUGGUAAUCAACUGAUAACUAGGAUCUCCACGAGUACUCGAGUACUCGGGCACGGGUCUAGCAAGACUCGAGUCCGUUGACAGAACUCGAGUACCCGUGCAAGGAAGAGCACUCUCAUUUAAUUAUAUUUUUUAAAGUCAGUUUGCCAUAUGCUUGCCGCCUGUUACAUUAUAAGACAUGGAGGCAACCCAAAAGUCGCAUGUGUGGAAUGGAGUACAACGGCAUACUUUAGCAUCCAUGUUCAGCUCUCGAAUUAAAAUGCAUAAUACUGUUUUACUUUAUUCCUUAGUCUCAUUAUCAUCUAGUGUAGGUGUCGGGUACUCGGGUCCGGGUCGAGUUUGAUUCCCGAGUAUUCGAGUACAAUAUUUUGGACUCGUGGAGGCCCUACUGAUAACGCAUGGAAAGUUGGAAAACCUAUAUUUCUUUGAUUAUAACUAAUGAAAAAACCCAACUAACUUUUGAUAAUACUUAAUAAUAACCAAUGGGAAUAACGGUACUUAGAGAAAUCAAACGAACGAAACGAUAGCAAAGCGAUUUUCAUUGGUGAUAACUAACAAGGGAGAUAACGAACCUUUGAUAAUACGUAAUAAUAGUCAAGGGGAAUAACCCAUAACCGUACCUUGUGGUAAUCAAAUGAUAAUACAUGGAAAUAUGGCAAACCGAUAUUUAACUAAGGUCGAUACAAAAUAAUACGUAAUAAUCAAGACAAAUAAGUUCAAAUAACAGAUAACCUUACUUUGUGAUAACCAACAGGAAUGCAUUCAUUAAAUGAAAACUUUGCAAAAACUAAAAGGAAAUAACCAUAUGAGGUAAUUCGGUCACACCAAAAGGACGUACCCGUAACCAACGUGAUGAUAACCAAGGGAAGUAACCAAAUUAUAAUAACGGUAAUUGGUAAUAACCAAAGGGAAUACCCGAAACGGGGACAUGAAUUUGAGAUAACCAGGGAGAGUAACAAUAAGCGAACUUUAUGAUAACUAUACUAGAGGGAAUAAAAAAUUUAAAAUUUAGCUUGGUGAUAACGAGAAAAUAACUAAAAAGCGGACUUGGUGAUAACUAGUGUAGACGAACAUUGAGCCUCAGCAGUAUCCAAAAUGAACAAUCAAUAAAUGGGUCUGAAUAUAACCAAAUGGAACAGCCCGAACAGCAGACAUAGAAGUGUCUGAUUAUGGUUGUAACAAAUAAUAACAUUCAAUAGCUAUACUACCUGGAUAUUUUACUUGGUUUUCUUCUUUUGUUUACUUAAAAGUGUUCCAUGGUUUAUACAUAUAUAUACAUUAUGAAUUUAAUGAUAAUAUAACCAAAGUAAAAUGUAUUUUGUAAAUACUAUAAAUAAAGUUGAAUUUUUCGUUGAUGUAUAUGUCUGAAUAUAACCAAAUAAAACAGCCCAAACAGCAGACAUAGAAGUGAUCCAUAUGUCUGAUUAAUGUUGUAACAAAUAAUAACAUUCAAUAGCUACUACCUGGAUAUUUUACUUGGUUUUCUUCUUUUGUUUACUUAAAAGUGUUCCAUGGUUUACAAAUAUAUAUACAUUAUGAAUUUAAUGAUAAUAUAACCAAAGUAAAAUGUAUUUUGUAAAUACUAUAAAUAAAGUUGAAUUUUUCGUUGAUGUAUUUGUAAACUGUUUUCUUGUAUUUGACUUGAGCAAGUUCCAGUAUUUGAGAAUAUGCAUUGUGAAUGAAGUGGUAUUGUGACAAAAA